AUUUCUCACAAGCGUUGGCACCAAUAUUAUUUAUUCUGCAAAGAGUUUGUGCACAAGAUUUAAUCUGGACUAUUUAUAGGAUGAAAGGUUACACUAACGUUGAGGUGCAUACGAUUGCUUAAAUCUAAGAACAGUCCUUUGCCAUGCAUUUAUUGUCAUCUGCCACAUCUUCAUUAUUUGAGGGGAAAUAAAGACAGUGAAGGAGAUGCAUACGGUUAUGUCCAUUUUAAGGAGUCUGGUGGACUUUUAAUCUUCCUUCCUCUUAUUAAAAGUGAUACUCGGUGAUAAAUGCACAUACUACAACGCAAAGAGGCGUAAUGCUGAAUCUUAUUGUUUUCUCGUAAACAUUGCACGAAGACACACGGUCACACCGGAGAGGGUUCUUGUGGCUUUUCCUCAUCGUCUCGCUCACAACGCCUUAAAGAAAGCCCAACACUUCAGUUCGCCGCCGACAAUGGCGGAAAAGACGGAUGCAAGCAGCGAGGAUAAAUCUCGGGAAUAUUGCUCAGUCGCCGAGGAAGCUACGUGAGUUUGCGGCGAGCUUGCAUGACCGCCUGUCCCUCCCUUCGCCAGCAUACUUUGAGGAACUAAAGGGAAACAAAAUCGAACAAGACAGAAAGAAAGGAGGACUGAAUAUCGAAUUGAGAGAAUUUUUGUGGACGAGCCUGGCAUUGCAUUGCAAGCAUCGUCCCAUGAAAGGGAAACGGGAAUCCGUCCGGAGCUCGUGAACGUUUACACGUCGGCUCGAGACUCAACGGGAAGGGCUAUCCUACGCGGGAUAUAUGCUUGAACAUUAACAUUGCAGGAAAACUAUGGCCGAUAAAGUGCUGGACGUUGGUCCGCCUACAGCUAAGAGGCCUAAAUUGUCUUCCCCGGCUCUGUCGGUCUCUGCGAGCGAUGGAAACGAUUUUGGCUCUCUGUUCGACCUGGAGCAUGACCUCCCUGACGAGCUUAUUAACUCCUCUGACCUGGGCCUUCCUAAUGGCAUGGACCAGUUGCACACAAUUCUGGGUGGAGGAGGGAUGUCAGUACCCCUGGGCUGCUCAGCCCAGGACACUGCGGCCAAACACAAGCACCUCUCUGAGCUCCUUCGCCCUGGCGGCCCUCCGUCCACCUCCACGAUCUCAAGUGGCCCCGGAAACGUGCCCUCCCUGGGGAUGAUGGGAGGACUGGGUGGCAACACUGUCGCCCAGGGACUGGGUGGCCCACAGCAGCAGUCUGGCAUGAUGCCACAGCCUGGUAUGGUAAGCAUGAACCGGGGCAUGAUGGGAGUCCAGAAAGGGAACGGACAGCCACAAAGCAUGAUGGGAGGACAGGUGAUGAACGGGGCGCCAAGAAUGGGCUAUGCCAAUGUGAACAUGAACGCAGGCAUGGCCGGUAAUGGGAACAUCCUGCCGGAUUCACUGCAGCAGCAGAAUGUGGGCCAGCAGAUGGCACAGGCGGCAUUGAGACCUCAGCAACCAGGAGCAGUAAACAAGAUGGGAAUCAUUGGGGCUCCAGGCCCCUACAGCAGUUCAUACGGUCCGUGUGGGGGUCAGUCUAUGGGGCCCCAGCUCCAAAAUAAAACUGCUCAACCCAACAGCAUUAACCAAUUCAACAUGGACAAGAAACCUCAGCACGGGCAGACCAUGGGUGCCAUGCAGAGCUCAGGUGUGAUGGGCGGUUUAUCAGGGCCGGGCGGGGCAACGGCGCCCCCUGCAGCAGACCCGGAGAAACGUAAACUCAUCCAGCAGCAGCUAGUGCUGUUAUUGCAUGCGCACAAGUGCCAUCGCAGGGAACAGACCAACGGAGAGGUGCGACAGUGCAACCUGCCCCACUGCAGAACCAUGAAGAACGUCCUCAAUCACAUGACGCACUGUCAGGCUGGCAAAUCAUGCCAGGUGGCUCACUGCGCCUCCUCCAGGCAGAUCAUCUCUCAUUGGAAGAACUGCACGCGGCACGACUGUCCAGUCUGCCUGCCACUCAAGAGCGCCGGCGACAAAAGGAACCAGCAAUCCCUUUUGGCAGGAGCUGGUAUGGCUAUGGGUGGUCCAUUAGGGGGGUCAUUGCCUGGUGGUCAGCCUUCAGCCCCAAACCUGAACCCGCCUAGUCAGAUCGACCCAAGCUCCAUCGAAAGGGCAUACGCUGCACUUGGACUCACCUACCAGGGCAACCAGGCAGCCAAUCAGAAUCAGCAGAGCUCUGUGCCUACUCAACCUGGCAUGAAGACGCUCAACAACAUGGGUGGGAAUCCAAUGGGAGUGAAUGGUGGAGUCAGCACUCCGAUGUCAAACCAGCAUCCUGGAAUGCUGCCAGAUGGCAUGAUGCACAGAAACAUGACAGCACAGAGUCUGAUGAAUGACAGCUCAGGUGUUGGUAAUAUGGCUUCUGCAGCAACAGCCACUCCCCCUUCUGCAGGAAUGAGGAAGCAUUGGCAUGAAGACAUCACACAAGACCUCCGCAAUCACCUCGUACACAAACUUGUGCAGGCUAUAUUUCCCACUCCAGACCCUGCAGCACUGAAGGAUCGGCGGAUGGAGAAUCUUGUAGCUUAUGCACGCAAGGUGGAGGGCGACAUGUACGAAUCUGCCAACAGCAGGGCGGAGUAUUACCACUUGUUGGCAGAGAAGAUCUAUAAGAUUCAGAAGGAGCUGGAGGAGAAGAGGAGAACCAGACUGCAGAAGCAGGGCAUGAUGCCGGCCCAACCCGGCAUGCCCAACAGUACCCUACCUCAAGCCCUACCAUCCGGCAUGAAUCAAACACAGCUGCCCAAUGGUCCCCAUUCAGAUCCAUCCCUCGUUCAAGCCACUGGACCAAACCAGAUGGUCAAUAGAAUGCAGAAUCCUGCUGGUAUAAAUCAGUUUGCUCAGGUGGGAAUGCAGCAGCCAAUGGGUCAAAGAUUAACGCCGCCCCUGCCAGUGGGAGCAAAUCUCAAUCAGAUGGGUAUGCAGGGAGCACCUCGAAUGGCUCAACCCAAUGUAACCCAGUUACAAAACCAGUACAUGCAGAACCAGUUUUCAGGCACAGGUGCUCGACUGGGCCAGGGUGCGUCUGGCCUGAACCAGCCUGCAAGACAGGGAGCCAUGCCACAGAAUCAGAUGUCCACUCCGCCAUCUAUGGGAGUCGGUAGUCCUAUAGCUCAGUCCCAGUCAGUUGUCUCGAGCCCUGGAGCUGCAGUCGGUGCUCAAGGGUCUCCGUCCAACGUCCCUCCACCUGCUCAACAGUCGGGCUUGCACGCACAUUGUCCUCCAUUACGUCAGAACUCCCCAUCUCCUGCACGAAGCCGCACCCCUACCCCUGCCCCGCACUUAACGCCCCCACAGUUGCCGGGAAACCAGACCCCCCAACCCCACACCCCCACUUCAUCGUCUACUAUGGCCCCACCUGCUACACAGCUGCCCUCCAUGGCACAGGGAGUGGGCUCAGGAAAAGCCAGUCCGCUGCAGCAGUCACCACGUGGGGGUGGAGCCACCCAGAAUGCCCACGGGCUUUGUGCACACCCACACUCUCCACUAUCCCAGAAAUCAUCUCUGACUGCAGACGGUCAGGCAUCGACCCCUGCCUCAGUCAGCAGUGCCAACCCUGGCUCGCAGCUAACAUCAUCUGACCCCUCCGCUUCACUUGACACCAAAACUGAGGUCAAAGAAGAAGAGGAUGACAAUGAGACCGAGGAAAAGGCUUCUGGGAAAAUGGCCGCUAUGGAGCGUGAAAUUAAGACUGCGCAGAAACCAGAGGAAGAGGAGUCUGGAGGCAAUGAAUGUAAGACUGAGCCAAUGGAAACAUCGACUGGGUCGACAAAAGAGGACAAGAAGCCGGAGGUGAAGACCGAGCCAAAUGAGGAAGAGGUGUCAGGGGGACCGAACAGCACCCCAGCAAACACGCAAAGCAAGAAGAAAGUCUUUAAGCCCGACGAACUCCGCCAAGCAUUAAUGCCUACUCUGGAAGCUCUGUACAGACAGGAUCCCGAGUCGCUGCCCUUCCGGCAGCCAGUGGACCCCCAGUUACUGGGAAUACCCGUACGUAUUCGAACUAGUAACAAAACUAACCUGGACUACUUUGACAUAGUAAAGAACCCGAUGGACUUGUCCACUAUCAAGCGUAAGCUGGACACGGGUCAGUACCAGGAGCCCUGGCAGUACGUGGACGAUGUGUGGCUGAUGCUCAAUAACGCUUGGCUGUACAACAGGAAGACGUCGCGGGUGUAUAAAUACUGCUCCAAACUAGCAGAGGUGUUUGAACAGGAAAUCGACCCUGUUAUGCAGGAACUGGGGUAUUGCUGUGGAAGGAAGUUGGAGUUUUCUCCCCAGACUCUCUGCUGUUAUGGCAAACAGCUGUGUACUAUCCCUCGAGAUGCUGCAUACUUCAGCUACCAGAACAGGUACCACUUCUGCGAGAAGUGCUUCAACGAAAUCCAGGGCGAGAACAUAUCCCUGGGAGAUGAUCCCACCCAGCCUCAAACGUCCAUCAAUAAAGAUCAGUUUCAGAAGAAAAAGAAUGACACCCUCGACCCUGAACUACUCCUGGAAUGUUCCGACUGCGGACGGAAAAUGCAUCAGAUAUGUGUUCUGCACAAUGAGACGAUAUGGCCGUCGGGCUUUGUGUGUGACGGCUGUCUGAAAAAAAACAAUGCAAUGAGGAAAGAGAAUAAAUAUGCUGCAAAGAGGCUUCCUCAGACAAAGCUUGGUUGUUUCCUGGAGACACGAGUGAAUGAGUUCCUCAAGCGCCAGAGUCAUCCAGAAAUCGGUGAUGUCACCAUCCGUGUGGUACACAUCUCUGAUAAGGUGGUGGAGGUCAAACCUGGAAUGAAGUCCAGGUUUGUAGACAGUGGUGAGAUGUCGGAGUCGUUCCCGUACAGGACAAAAGCUCUGUUUGCAUUUGAGGAUAUCGACGGAACAGAUGUGUGUUUCUUUGGAAUGCAUGUGCAGGAAUACGGCUCUGACUGCCCUCAGCCCAAUCAAAGACGUGUGUACAUCUCCUACUUAGACAGUGUGCACUUUUUCCAGCCCCGUCACCUGAGAACGGGAGUCUAUCAUGAGAUCCUCAUUGGAUACCUGGAGUAUGUUAAAAGAAUGGGCUUUGUCACUGGCCACAUAUGGGCUUGCCCACCGAGUGAAGGUGACGACUACAUUUUUCACUGUCACCCAUCGGACCAAAAGAUUCCCAAACCCAAACGCUUGCAAGAGUGGUACAAGAAAAUGCUUGACAAAGCAGUUGCUGAGAGAAUUAUACAUGACUACAAGGAUAUUUUUAAGCAGGCAACAGAGGAUCGACUGACCAGUGCGAUGGAGCUCCCAUAUUUUGAGGGGGAUUUUUGGCCUAAUGUGUUGGAGGAGAGCAUUAAAGAGCUAGAACAGGAAGAGGAAGAAAGGAAGAGAGAAGAAAACAACACCUCUUGUGAAAGCAUUGAUGCAACCAAUGGAGACAGCAAGAAUGCCAAAAAGAAGAACAGCAAGAAGACUAGCAAGAACAAGAGCAGCUUAAGCCGAGCCAAUAAAAAGAAACCAGGCAUGCCAAAUGUCUCCAAUGAUCUGUCACAGAAACUCUAUGCCACCAUGGAGAAACACAAAGAGGUCUUUUUUGUCAUCCGUCUCAUCGCUGGCCCCACGGUCAAUUCCCUUCCGGCAAUUUUGGACCCUGACCUCCUGAUGGCCUGUGAUCUGAUGGAUGGGCGAGACGCUUUCCUAACACUGGCUCGAGACAAGCACCUGGAAUUCAGCUCGAUGCGGCGGGCAAAAUGGAGCUCCAUGUGUAUGCUAGUAGAACUGCAUAAUCAGAGCCAGGACCGCUUCGUCUACACUUGUAAUGAAUGCAAGCACCAUGUUGAGACAAGGUUCCACUGCACCGUUUGUGAGGAUUAUGAUCUCUGUAUCACUUGCUACAACACUACAAGCCAUGAGCACAAGAUGGAAAAACUAGGUCUGGGUCUUGAUGAUGAAAGCAGCAAUCAAGCCGCAUCGUCCACUCAGAACCCUGGCGACUCACGACGCCUCAGCAUCCAGCGCUGCAUCCAGUCACUAGUGCAUGCAUGCCAGUGCCGCAAUGCCAACUGCUCUCUGCCUUCCUGCCAGAAGAUGAAGAGAGUGGUACAACACACCAAGGGCUGCAAGCGCAAGACAAAUGGCGGCUGUCCCAUCUGCAAGCAACUCAUUGCACUAUGCUGCUAUCAUGCCAAGCACUGCCAAGAAAACAAGUGUCCUGUGCCUUUCUGUCUCAACAUCAAGCACAAGCUUCGUCAGCAGCAGUUGCAGCACAGGCUGCAGCAAGCGCAAAUGCUGCGUAGACGAAUGGCCACCAUGCAGCGAGCAGGGCAACCACCUCCAUGUGGAGGUGGGCCUCCUGGAGGUCUUCCAUCACCGGGAAAUAAUGGAGCCACAGCUCCUAGCACUCCUACAUCGGUUGGUACACAGCCUGCAACCCCUCAGACACCCACACAGCUGACACCCAACCAUCAAUCUAUGCCACAGCCUGGUGUAGGUGGAGUCCCAGCUGGAGUGCCUCAGCAGCCCCCCCAUCAUCCCGUCCACCAGUUUCACCAGAUGGGAGCUCCAAGCGGAAUGAUGACCUCACCGCAACAGCAAAUGGUUCCUCAGCAACAGACAGGACAACUGCUGCAUCCACACACUCAAUACGGUCCACGUCCCACAUGUCCUUCCCCCAGUUCACAGUCCCAGGGCAAACCAGGCCUUGGCCCUGCAACUCCUCCGCAACUUCCCAGCAACCAAGGUACAGCUCUUAUGUCUCCGCAACAGCAACACACAGGUCCUCCGCCUGCAGCUGUGGAGAUUGCCAUGAAGAUCCAGCAAGUGGCAGAUGCUCAGCGCAAGAUGGCACAGGUUCAGUUGCUACAAAGACAGGCUGCACAAGCUGGCAUGAUGCCACAGCACCCGCACCAUCAGCAGCCACAGGGACAGAUGGCAGUAGCCCAUCCUGGGAUGGGCAUGGUAGGAGUGCAAGGAUUUUGCCCACCGACACAACCAUCGUUGAACCGGGCACAGAUGGAACAGCAACAGCAGCAGCAGCAGCAAGGACCUCAGGGAAUGAUGGUGGGAGCUGGGCCCAUGCAGCAGCAGCCUCAACAGGCAGGUGUUCAAGGCCAGAUGCCACCACAAAUGCAGCUACAGCAGCAGAGAAUUAACGCACCACUCCAGUCUCAGCAGCAACAGUGGACAGGGCAAGGCAUACCACCCCAGCAGAGGCCUGCAAUGAUGGGUCAGCCAGGAAUGGUUGCAAUGCAGCCCCAAUCACAACAGCAACAACCACAAAUAUUGAAUCGAAAUGCCUUGAUGAGCAUGGUGCAGGCUGGUCUGCAGAGUGGUGUAGCAAGUGGGGCAGCAGGGAGCAAUCUUCCACAGGGAGCCUUGCAGGAACUUUUGCGGACCCUGCGAUCUCCCAGUUCUCCUCUCCAGCAGCAGCAAGUCCUUAAUAUUCUUCACUCUAACCCACAACUUAUGGCAGCAUUUAUCAAGCAACGGGUUCACAAGUAUAAAGGAGGCCCUGUUGGCCCUGCUGGACCACAGGGAGGGCCAGCACCUAUGGGAGGCCAACCAGUGGGUGUCAAUUCUGGUGCGCCUCAAACUGGCAUGCACCUUGGACAGGAUGUUAACAUGCAGAACCAACUUUCUCAGCUUCAACAGCAGCAGCAAAUGCAGCAGCAAUUGCAGAAGCAAAUGCAACAGCAGAAGCCAAUUCAACAGCGGCCCCUUUUGCAGCAGCAGCAGCAAGUUGCUUCCUUACAGCAGCAGCAACAGCAAGGAAUGCAGAGCCAGGGUCCUCCAAACAUGGCCAACAUAAACCCACAGUUCAGAGAACUUGUAAUGAGACGGCAGCAGCAACUACAAUUGCAGCAGCAGCAGCAGCAGCAACAACAACAACAGCAUCAAAUGGGCAAUCAUGCUGGAUUUCAGCAGCAGCAAGGUUACAUGGGUCAGCAGGGAAACAUGCAAGUCCCCCCAGGAGGCCAGUCACUACCAGGGGUGCAACCUGGCCCACAGCAGAACUUUCCAGGCAACCCUGCGCAACAGCAGGCUGCAGUUGCUUUGCAACAGAGGCUUCAACAGCAACACCAGCUACAGAUUCAGCAGAAUAAAACAUCACAAGGUCCCGACAUGGUCCCUGGAGGAAUUGUUCCACAACCCAUGCAGGGAGGCCCUGGGCCUCAAACGACACAGGCAUUAUUGCAGCAAGCCUUGCAUCAGCGUAUGCUUCAACAACAGCAACACCUCAGCGGCACUUCACCUGCACAACAGAACAACCCCAUGAGCCCGCAACAACAGAUUUCUCAGUCACCCCACCUGCAGGGGCAACAACUCCAGACCUCCCUCACCAACCAGGUCUGUUCACCCCAGCCCUCCCCGCGACCCCAAUCCCAGCCACCACACUCGAGUCCAUCCCCGCGACUGCAACCACAACCCUCGCCCCACCACAUCUCACCUCAGACAGGUUCUCCGCAUCCCAGCCACCUACAGCAGCACCACUCGGGCAUGGCUCCACCUCCUCCACCUCCCCAUCAGCCACAGCACAACUCUAAGGACCCAGUUGGGUUUGGUGCAGAUCAGAACGCCAUGCUGUCUCAGCUCAGCAGCAUGGCGGGACUCCACGGACCCGGAGCUAAUGAUAUGCUGCCCUCUAGUGGCCAGAACCUUGGCAUUAACAGGAAUCAUAACCAUUUAGACAUAUAGUUAUUAAUUCACAAAACCUCAUCAGAGACAGUGUUAGAUUUUUUUAUACUACAGGGAUUAAUUAUUUAGCGUUUUUCAGUAUACAUUCUUUGAAAAUGGACUCUCCUUUGUGAGACAAUUAAACAAAAUUAAGUAUGGGGGUGAUAGGAUGCCAGUUGUGUACAAAGAAUGAAUUGUUUCUCAGAUUCAGAGAACAAUCCACAAGUAAUAUUUUCGAUGUCAGGUCCAUGGGAGUACUUGCCUUUUUCAAGAGAUAUUUUUUAAGAUUUUAAAAGUGUUAUAAAGUUCAGGUGUGAAUGAUUAAAUGCUAUGGACUUUUUUUAUACACUAUUUCAUAAUGUACCAGUCUCUAUUAUGUGUUUUACAGAUUGAUGUAGAACAUUUUAAAUCUUGUUGUGAUGCCUAUAUUGUUAUUAUAAUUAUUCAUCAAAACAUGCAUAUCUUCCUUGUAAAUUGAGUUUUGCAUUUUAUUUAUUCUAGCUUUUUCAUUCGUCAUCAUGGUGGAUUUUGUUCAUGUGUUCCCAGAGACUGCUACACUUCACAUAGAAUAUAUUUUUGUUAAUACCUAUUAAAUUUGGGAUAUAUUCCUUUACUUUAGCUGGAGAUUUAGGUUAUUAAGUAUAAUAUAAAUUACAGUUUUUGGGGAUUGUGUUGAAAGUGUGCGCUCUGCUGCCCAAUGGAUCUUAUUUCAUGCCACAUUGGAAAUGCCUAACCAUUGGACAUCACAGAUUUUGAAACCCGACAAAUUCUUGGACGCCCUCAGAAUGUGUGUACACUCCUUAGAAGACUCACUUAAUAGUGGAGGUGUAUCUGUACAGGUUGGAUGAGAGAAGUGUGUGUUUGUGUGUGUGCGUGGGGUGCGGUGUGGUGCUAGAGUUUAUCUUUUCAUGCCAAUGUCCUGUUGAGCAGCGUUUCACACAUGAACUAUGACUGUGAAACAUUUGAGAAGGAGAGUGUGCCACUGAUUUUUUUUUUUGUCCUUCUCUCUCCAGUUCUGCUCCUAAUUGUCCUCCAGUUACAGAUUUUCGUUUGCUCUGAACUUUGGGAGUUUCAGUUGAAUAUUUUGUACUGUACAAAGGAAACAAACUGUGGACUUGAUACUUUUUUUUUUUUUUAAAUAAAAUGAGA